AUGCCAUACAGCCACCACUCUCAUUCUGGCCAGUUCUGCAAGCACGCUGCGGGGACGCUCGAGGACGUCGUCCUCGAGGCGAUCAAGCAAGGCUUCGAAGUGUACGGCCUGACUGAGCACGUCCCUCGCUGGCGCCUCAAGGACCUCUACCCCGAAGAGGAAGGGACGUCGAUCAAGGAACUCGCCGUGCAAUUUGACCAAUUUAUCGCCGAGGCGCACCGUCUGAAGCAGCUGUACGCCGACCGGAUUACACUACUGGUGGGGCUCGAGACCGAGUUCAUCACCAAAGUAGACCUCGAUAACCUCGAGAAACUGCUUCAGCGAUACCGAGCGAAUAUUGAGUACGUUGUGGGCUCCGUGCACCACAUCCAGGAAGUCCCGAUCGACUUCAGUCGGGAGACGUACGAAGAGGCGAUCGCCAAGUUUGGGGGCGAGCUCGACCCGAGCCCGAGUGUCCCAUUCAUCCAGAUGGAAGUGUUCCUUGGAGAGUAUUUCGACGGACAGUACAAGAUUAUGGAGCGUUUUCGCCCCGAGGUCAUAGGUCACAUCGAUCUCUGUCGCCUGUACAACCCCACGCUGAAGUUAGAGCCCUACCACUUGGCGUGGUCGAAGCUGCAGAGGAAUAUACGAUUUGCUGUGAGCUAUGGGGCCCUCUUCGAGUGCAAUGCGGCGGCGCUGCGCAAGGUGUGGGACACAUGUUACCCCGGCGAAGACGUAGCACGGUUGAUCAUGAAAGAAGGCGGAAGAUUCUGCUUAUCCGAUGACAGCCAUGGCCCUCAUGCUGUAGGUCUGAACUACGGCCGGAUGGCAAACUAUCUGCGCCGCAUAGGCGUCUCGGAGCUGUGGGUAUUAGAGCGCUCAGAAACUGCAAAUGCAGGCGGCAGGUUUGUCUGCCCACGCAAGGUCGAGGGACAGUGGUGGGAGCAUUCGUUCUGGCAGCAGACAGGUGUCUCGCUACAGUGA